AUGUACCUGACGUUUGCACUGCAUACAGAUUCUCUUCUUACACUCGAUUCAAGUGUCUGCUUCGCUGCUGAUAUAUUCGAGGCGAAUGAAAGCCGUGCAGUCAGUAUCAGUGCAAUAAGCUGGGUUGAGCGUCGUGAGCUUGCUCACCAUGAGGUCGAUUUUUUUAAUGUGUUCCUUCGAAACAAUCUUGCCGCAGACAUCGAGAGAAGUAAGAACCCUCCAGCACUUGGGAAGAAAGAUGGAGACGUCGUCGAGAGCCAUAGUGAAGGAAUCAAAGAGGCAGUGCCGGCAAUAGCUGUAAGCUACGUGUUCACGCUCAAGUGUCAAGGUGUCUACGGCCGGUACACCGUCAAUACAUGCCUCCCAGAAUUUGAGGUGCGCUUCUGA